AUGGCUUCCAUGGAAUUAUAUGACCCGAGCUUACCACCGUACUUCUCUCCAAUGAUCAACCUGGCAGCGAAUGGCUCUCCUUCCCCGGUUCCUCAAAACCCGCCCAUGUUCACUUCCGAAGGCUUCAGAGUGUUAGGCCUUGGUCCGCCGGUGUUAUUCGAGUGUGCUGUCAAUUUUACUAUCUAUUGUAGCGAGAAAACCAAACGCAAUGCGACAAACUGGGUAGCAGUCCGACCCAAAUCCGAGCUUUCUGUUACUUUCAACACUCGCGAUAACGUCAGUCUAUCCGGCUUCCAAAAAAUGAUUGCUGAUAAAUGCAAUGAGCAAUACAACUGUCUUGGUCAAAUCAUCCACGAGGGUACUAUUGGCUCACCGUCUACGAUCACGUGGAAUGUCUAUAUCCUUAGCAACAAGAAGUUUCCGAAAAAGAAUUCCCAUCACCUGUUUGAUGAACUUUCCUUCAACCAAUGGAUCACUGAGAUAAACACCUCCAAACAAACAAAAGGCGGGGUUGUCAUAUUGAUGGACAAUCCUCGGAAUGCGGCCGUCCACGCUUGCAAAGAAGAUUUGGUUGCAAAAAUGAUCAAGCAGAUGGAAGCUCGACAGCUUGGUCCAGUCGGUCCUUCAAGAAGAUCCCAAAGGGCCUUAGGCGAUAGCAAUGUGGGAGAGUCCAGCAAUGUCGAAUUCGAAGACUUGGACAUCUACACCGAUCAGAUCUACGCAAAGUACGGCAUGAACGUUGAAUACAACCGAUUCCAUCCCGCCUAUCCUGAUCCCACCAACGCAGACCGUUAUAUCCCACUUACUUCUGGCAACAUUGACAUCUGGGCCAAAGCUAUGUGUUCUCGCGUUGCUGGAGUCAGUCUGACUUCACCCCCAAGCUCGCUCAAGUACAAGACCCGCAAGGGCAAAGCCAAGUCAAAGUUAUCCAAAGAAACCUCUGCCGGUGCCAGCAACAACUCCUUUGUUGAAUUUGCGAACUGGUUUGCAAACCAUCAAGCCCGCAAUGUCCGCGCCUCUCCUCCUUCCUCAGUCCAUGGUGCUACUCCCGAUCAACUUGUCGAUUACUUGGUCUUUGUCAGCAUUGCUCCUCACAAGCGCAAGGAGUUAUUGACCACACUUCUUGAACACGAUAUCGACAAUUAUCAAAUGUUCAAGUCCCUCUCAGUUGAAGAGUUGAGAUCGAUUGGUUUCAAUGUGGGUGUUAUAUCCAAACUUCGCAGCAAUGUUAACAAAUUCCGAAACCAUCUCGCUCAAAAUCCCUGA